UGCUUGCUGUGGUGUCCGAGCAUGCAGAGAUACGCGGAUCGCGUUGCGCUGGUGACGGGGGCCAGCUGCGGCAUAGGAGCCGCCAUCACGCAGGAGCUGCUCAGGCAGGGACUCACUGUCGUUGGCUUGGCGCGGAGGGUCGACAGGGUCAAGGCGUUGGAGUUGCCAAAUGCCCCAGGAAAGCUGCACGCAAUCCAAGGGGACGUCAGCGAUGAAGAAAGCAUUCUCGCAGCCUUCAAGUGGAUAAAGGAUAACUUGUCGGGUGUUGAUGUCUUGGUCAAUAACGCUGGUAUCAUUGAAGAGAGCGAGCUGACAUCUGCACCUACGGAUUCCUGGAGACGCGUCCUGGACGUGAAUGUGCUGGGUCUGAGCAUCUGCACCAGAGAAGCAGUGCAGGACAUGUUGGCCAGAGGCGUCGACGACGGCUUCAUCAUCCACAUCAGCAGCUUGGCUGCUCACACUCCGCCGUACAACAGUGACCUGGCGAUGUAUUACGCAAGCAAACACGCAGUCAAUACGCUGUUGGAAGGCUUACGUAAAGAUUUGGUCGCCAGGGGCAGCAAGAUACGCGUUGGGGCGAUUUCUCCUGGGCUGGUGAAGACUGAGAUUUUCUCUCAUUCAAAGAAAAUAACUUCUGACAUCUUCAACGUAGCGCCUUGUCUUGAAGCAGAAGAUGUCGCAAAUGCCGUAGUUUACAUGUUGUCUCAACAUCCGCGUGUACAGGUAAAUGAUAGAAAUAGAGUAUUUGUAGCUUCUAUUACUGUGCUAAUGUCCAUAUCUUCCACAAACUGUCUUUAA